GACUCUCUUUACACACAGCCCUACGAGAACUCCCGCGGAAAAGGAACUCUCCCGAACCGUUUCAACAAAAACAACUUUAUUGAUACGCCGGCGAACAGACAACACAGACAAUUUCGGACGAUCAAUAUUAUGACACUUUGCUGAUGUGCGUAUGUCUCCGUUGCCCUCGUUGUAUGGCGUGAAUAAGUUGGGGUAUAUUCUCUCUAGUGGUGCUCUUUUCUUCCAUUGGUUUUGUCGCAAAGGCAGUGUUUGGCAAGCCGAGUAGCGAGAGAGGAGCUAAUUAUUGCUGGAGAAUACUAGUAAUGCAACAGACUUUAAUAUGGAUGAUGAUGUUAAAGAAAUGAUAUGGGAGAGUGAAAACAACUCUACAUUGAAAGCACAUUGUAAAGAGCCUGCACAAAAUUCUUCUUAUAACUACAAUUUUCAGUUUCCUGCUUUGCAUCAUAAGCAUUUUGAGAUUUCUUCGAUGAACUCUAUUCAUAAACCGAAUUACGUCUCAGAAAAAUUUGAGAGAACCAUGCCUCCAGGAGACAAAAUGAUAAUACAUCAGUCCUCUGAAUUAAUAAAAGGAAAGCAAAAUGGGAAUGGGUACGCUAUGCUUCCUGCAAAGGGAAUAUUUUUUCAGAAACCAAGAGUGCCCAGGUCUUCCCACAUGGAAGCACGAAAGCCGAGUGGAGCUUUAAAUGCUGUUUCUGUAAAACCGAAUCAUACUGUCACAUCAGCUUAUGAAAAGUCCUUUCCAUUUAAGAACAUUUCAUGUUCUGCUUCGUUGGCUGGUCCUUGUCGUCGAAGCCCUAAAAAAAUACAGAGGCGCCUUCCCAGUACAGUUGAAGAAACAGUACGUGAAGAAGAAAAGGAAAUAUACAGGCAACUACUACAGGUGGUGACAGGAAAAUCCUUCUUAGCCACCAAAUCCACAUCUGUUCUGCCUCCACAGGUGUCUAGAUUAAGUUCAGAUAACAGUAUUUGCGGCCAGCCUAUUGCUUCAAGUUUGAGUUCUCUAGAGCCAAGUAGUUUGGAUACAGAAUCUUCGUGUCGAACAUCAUUUAGCUACUUGCAGCCAUCCGGUCAAAUUUCAGAACCACUUCUAAGCAACUCAACAAAUUACAAAGUAACUUCUGACACGCAAGGAGCAAGUAACCAGCAGCUUCCUAAAGAAAAGUUUGUUCCUACAUCACAACAGUCUCAAGGUUCAGAUUCAGUCAUUGUUUUAGAUCCCGUUGUCAAACCUCAAGUACCAGGUCAAGUACCCACUAGUCAACCUUUUUUCCAUGCAGAGCUUUGGAUUAAGGAACUCACCAGUUUGUUUGAUUCAAGAGCACGAGAAAGGAGGCGUCAAAUUGAAGAACAGAAGGCAGUUGCCUUAAAACUUCAGAAGCAGAGGCUUCAAGAAUGUUCUGUGCAAGACUCCAUAGAUUUGCACCUUCGUGUACCUCUUGAAAAAGAAAUACCUGUUACAUUAAUUCAAAAGCAAGAGGAUGAAUCCACCCAGUCUGAAGAGAUUGAAUUUCCUGAACUUACAGAGGCUAUGGAAAGAGAGAUUAAACGUGCUCUAUUUGGUGGCAGCCAAGAUCAAACUUUAAGUGAAGGGUACCGGUUAACAAUUACACGGAAAGACAUCAUGACUCUUCAUAGUUUAAACUGGCUAAAUGAUGAGAUCAUAAAUUUCUAUAUGAAUCUAAUAAUGGAACGAAGUAAACGGAAAGGCUUGCCAAAAGUUCAUGCUUUCAAUACAUUUUUUUUUACCAAGUUAAAAUCUGCUGGAUAUCAAGCAGUGAAAAGAUGGACAAAAAAGGUGGACAUAUUUUCAAUGAAUAUUUUACUGGUACCUAUUCACCUUGGAGUACACUGGUGUUUAGCAGUUGUAGACUUUAGAAAAAAGUCCAUCCUGUACUUUGAUUCAAUGGGCGGAUUAAACAAUGAAGCAUGCAAAAUACUGUUACAAUACCUGAAACAGGAAAGCAUUGAUAAAAAAGGCGUAAGUUUUGACUCAAAUGGUUGGACCCUUACCAGCAAGACAAGCGAGGAAAUCCCACAACAAAUGAAUGGCAGUGAUUGUGGAAUGUUUGCCUGCAAGUAUGCAGAUUAUAUCACCAAAGAUAAGUCUAUUACCUUUACACAGCGUCAUAUGCCGUAUUUCAGAAAGAAAAUGGUUUGGGAGAUCCUUCAUCAAAAACUGCUUUGACAUUAAUAUGGAGGGACUUUUUGAAGCUUGGCAAUUUUGUUGGUUGCAGCUUUGGCAAGUUUCUCAGAGCAGAACACGGACCAAGAACUAUUUGAUUUCUCUCCACUCGCAGGUUUACAACUGUAAAAUAAAGCUUGUACUGUUAUGAAUUACUACUCUACUUAUUUUUAAACAUAUUUGCCAAAUUUUUCUGAUAUUUUGUUUAAAAUAAAAAAAACCCUGGAGAUCCAUAGAGAAAACUAUUUUAUUUAUAUAACUGACAGGGCUCAGAAGCAAAAGAGCAUUUUGUUCAUUUUUGAUAUAAACUGUUUGCAUUGGACAGUUUACAUUUGUUUUCUUAAGAGGCAAGCCUUCUGGCUCGAUAUUAUAACAAAGGCAUUGCCUUUUAAAUAGAUGUACCAUUUGCAGCACUGAUAGCUCUGUUCAUGAGCUCUCAUUUUGUACUUUGUAAAAACAAACUAAAAUAAACCUUUAUAUUUACAAGAAUGUAAACUUUUUUUAAACAUAUUAUACUCACCUAUGACACCACAAAUGGCUUGUUGAAGUUUUGUACAGCCUAAAAAAAUAUAUAUUAUUUCUGGGAUUUUGUAUGUACUUCAUUUUUCUUUUACAGAUUUAUUUUCAGCUGUGUAAAAGUUGUAGUUUAAUAAGCUGAGUUAUAUUUGUAGAAUUUGUUUUCCCUGUAAUUCAGUAGUGCAUCUUCCAGGCUACCUCAAUUUGUUUCUAAAAAUGUAACUGGGGACAAAAUAAGGGUAAUCUUAACAGAGAUGAAUGUAUUGCAGUUAAAAGUGCCUCCCAAGAGGCCCCCACAUGGAUGCACAGAAAGGCAGCUUCUCUCUACGUUUGGCUUUAUUUCAUGAUCUCUGGUUCCUUCUCUGGCGAAGGCUCGUGUCUGCAAAAUGCCUAGUGACAGAGAAGGCUAACAGAGGCAGCUUUACUUUCUCAAAUAACACUUUGUUAUAUAGUGAUCUUUAUAUCUUUUAUUAUAGCAUAAUUAUUAAAGUGAUGUCACAAAAACCUUAUGCACAUUGUCUCUGUUAUUAUAGGUUUAGGGGGAAGAAAUCUUAAUCUAUACAUGUAACGGAGUAUAUCGUGUUCACUUUAAUGUUCACGUUAAACAUUUGUAGAGCACUUCCUAAAAAUGUGAAACUGCUUCCAGUUAUCUAAACAAUUAAAUAAAAAAGCCAAACCGAAUUUGUCUUAUAGUGAAGAGUCUAAACCCCCAAAAAUUGUCUUUAUUAUAACCAGAGUGAGUAUUGUAUUGGAUUCCCCAAAUCAUAAGCUGCCAUUAGAUCUUUAGAAACAGCAUGGCCCACAGGAAGACAACUGCUUUUUGGUGGAGCAAAUUCAUGAUAAACAUCAGUUCAACAAACAUGAGUUCAUUCAUUAAAAAAUAGUUCUGUUCAGUAACUUGGACUAAUAGAUCAGGGAAUGGAAACCCUCAAAAUGUAUCUUUGGAUUUUUCUUAUUGUAUGGUUUUGUCUUUUUUUUUUUUUCUCUAUCCAUAUUUUCUUACAGUGAUGACUGUGGUUGAAAAAUUUAUUUUAUUUUAUAUCUUUCAUGUGUUUAUAUUGACUUUUUAUAUUUAAAUAAACCAGUGAAUAACA